AAUAACUGCCAAAAGGAAGUGACGAAGCGGAGAUUUUUUUCCCCUCUCUCCGUUCGGCGGCCGGUGGAUGUUUCUAGAGCGGGAGUUGUUGGUGAGGGCGAAGUCUGGGUUGUAGUAAGUCGGAGCAGGCGUACGGAACCGAGAGUGAAGCCUUUGGAAUACAGUUAUUUGGGUACAACAGUUUCUAUUUUCUUCUCACUUCUACCACUGCCACCUACUCACCAAAGAGCCUAAUCUCAGGUUUUAAUGUAUUAGUUGAGAUCAUCUUGGAGCAUCAGACAAGGUCAGAGUUCCUGUCAAACUGAAGGAUUGACUGCUUCCUCACUUGGUCCUGGUUGAUCAAUAAUUUGUGCAGGGUUUUCAUCUAGAAGAACUAAAUUAUCAAAAAUGGUGGACUACUACCAGGUAUUGGGAGUACAUAAAAGUGCCUCCCAGGAAGAAAUUAAAAAAGCAUAUCGCAAGCUGGCAUUGAAAUGGCACCCUGAUAAGAAUCCUGAUAACAAGGAAGAGGCAGAGACUAAAUUUAAGCAACUUGCAGAAGCUUAUGAAGUUCUUUCAGAUUCCUCAAAACGUAAUAUCUAUGACCGAUAUGGUAAAGAAGGCUUGAAUAAUGUUGGUGGAGGUGGUCAGUUUGGAGAAGGCUUUGACUUCGGCUUCACGUUCCGUAAUCCUGAAGAUGUUUUCAGGGAGUUCUUUGGAGGAAGGGAUCCUUUUGCUGACUUCUUCAUGGAUGAUCCCUUUGAAGAUUUCUUUGGAAAUCGCCGUGGCAGACGUGAAAGAAGCAGGGGUGGCGGAGGAUCUUUUUUUGCACCUUUUGGGGGAUUUCCUGCUUUUGAUUCUGGUUUUACUUCAUUCAGUUCAUUUGGUAAUCUUGGAACAGCAUCGUUCUCAUCCUCCUCAUUUGGUGGUGGUGGUGGAAUGGGCAACUUCCGAUCGGUAUCAACAUCUACCAAGUUUGUAAAUGGCAGGAAAAUCACCACUAAGAGGAUUGUAGAAAAUGGCCAAGAAAGAGUGGAAGUAGAGGAAGAUGGUCAAUUAAAAUCUUUAACAAUAAAUGGAGUUGAAGAUGAACAUGCCUUAGCAACUGAGCUUAGACAGCGAGGACAGCAGGCCCUACCUGGACAUGCAGCUCACACACGCUCUUCACGGCAGCACUCUACUUCCUUCCCGAGAUAUGAUUACCAGUAUAAUGUUGCUGAGGAAGAGGAAGUCGGAUCACCAGCUAUGGUCUACAGUGUCCCUGAGGAGGGAGCCAUUUCCAGUCCAGCAGGUCAAAAAGAAGGAGGAAAGCGGAGGAAACAACGACACAGGGAAGAACUAAAGAAGAAAAAGACAACAAAAAUGAAGCAUUAAUUGUGAGGUGCAGUGGGUGACCUUUGAACUCCAGUAUACAGUUAUUUUUCAUGUUAAUUGAUAUAGCUUUAUAGAAUGUGAAUUAAACAUGACACAGCAUGUGAGUGUUUUCUAUUUUUGUGAAUUAUUUUUAAUUGCCUCACAAAAUAAGAGAUUGAUGAGAAAGGAUAGAUUCUGUGAUUUAGUAAUUGAUGCUUGUGAAGUCAGAUCAUGGAAUCACUUCUGUAAUAACCAAAAAUCUGACAGGUCUCAGUGGGGGGAAAAUCUGUUUCGUAGUAGCUUGACGUAGUCAUAUUUCCAUGAGUAUUUAGUACAAACAGCAUCAAUUUGCAUUUAUGUAGCACCCAAACCUUAGAAAGACCUCCCUGAGGCUUCACAGAGCUGCAAGGCAAAAUAAAUGCAAAAUGAAAAAGCACAGAUUAAAGUGGGCAGGCUGGAUGCAAAUUUUACAUCUGGACUUUAGCACUGUAUUUAAAAUGAAAACGCAUAUAUAUGAGAAAUUCCUUAAGCAAGAUCCUGACCCCCCUCACCCCUCAUCCUCCAAACCUUUCACAGUCCCAUUUCUGCCUCUUGCCCCAAGGUCCAUCCAUUUCAGAACAAGGUAGCAAAGCAGUGGCAGAGAGCUACAGAGUGGUAUUAGAGAAAAUAAGACCUUGGCAGCUGAAGACAUAGUUGCCAAAAACGAAUGAAGGGAAGAAGGAUUUGGAGUAGGCCCAACAGAAGAUGGAAAUUUAAGCCCUGAAUUUUGUUCCCAGGUUGGGUGCACAGAGGUGGGUUACAUCCUGGCUCGAUGCACCCAAUCUUUAAAGUGAGUUGCCCACACACCCCCCAUUCAGUCCAGGAUUGAGUUAGAUAUUGUGCCAGGAGCUAAAGGGGACUGUACAGAAUUCUGCCUCAUGCCAGCUGUGUUCAAAAAUACCUUCAGCCUUUGUGUUCCACUGCCCCAUCUCAAGAACAAUGUUCCAUCCUUGCCAACUCAUGCCACCCAGGGUCCUCUUACCCAUUCACCAUGGCGUCUCAUACACCUGUGCUACACUGUACCCUCUAUGACCUCUUAUACUCCCAAUGCCAACUUAGUUACUGUUUCCACACACUAUCUCCUCCUUCAGCUACUUUACCUUUCUACAGGUGCAACAGUCCCUGGAUCCCAAGGAGAACUUUGCCAGAGAGUACUGAAUUUACAUCCGUAGCCUUGCUUGCUUGUUGCAGACCUCCUUUAAAAACACAUUUAGAAAUUAAAAGUUGAAAAUGUCAUGAUACUUUGUAGCCAUGAUCCAUUGUCAUGGCAGUUAACAAGGCCACCAAAAAAAACAACCUGAGUAUAUGUCGAGGCAUAGAAUUGAAAAGCAGAGAAGUUAUGCUAGAUGUACUAACUCUUGGUGAGACCAGUUGGUGUGCUCUCUGUGGCUCUUAGGAAAGGAUGGGCAAGCUGUCUUUUGUCUAGAAAGAAGAAAGCUGAAAUUGACCUCAUGGAGAUCUUUCAAAUGAUGCAAGCUUCAGAUAGAAUAGGCACUGUCAGAACAUUACUGCUUGUGGGAAAGAGCAUGAGGAGGAGAUGCCAUCAGUCACAGAGAAACCCAAUACAGAAUCCAGACGAGAUUUCUUUGACCAGAGUUUAAUGAGAAUGUGAAACUCACUACCAUAGAGAUUGUCGAAAUAAUGUCAGUACUUGCAAGGGGAAACGAGACAACCACAUGUGGGAGAAAGGAGUAGAGGUUUAUAUAGUUGAGGAACAAAGGAAGAGGUUAGGAGAAUGAAUGGACUGUGUAUGUGAACAUGGAGAGGUUAGGCUGAAUUACUUGUCUCUGCUGUAUAUAUGCCCCACAUGACCCUGUGAAACCUUUGUAUUUCGUCACUUAUCAGAAUGACAUUAUUGAUUAGAGCAGUCAGUUGAAAAGCGCACAUUUAUUGUUUAACGGCAACAGAGAUGUAUUGGUGCAAAUAUAAUUUUCCCUUUAACACAUUGAUACCACAAAUACCAAUAUCUACCAAUUAACUUUGGUAGAUACAGAUACUUGAAACUCAAAUGGAAGGCUAAGAACUUUCCAGCGUGCAACUGUAACCAUUCCGAACAGCUCAUGAAACAUGUUGCCCCAUUCACCAAGACAAAGGAAACAUUUCAACAAUAUGCCCAGCUCCAGUUUGAUCACCUGAAUCUAAAAUUAUAAUUCUUGCUCUAAAUCAUCUACAAGAAAGAAGGUACCAAUGCAUUUUUAAAAAUGUUUUCAUACAAAUUGUUAGAAAUUGUAUCUGAUAUUCCUCAUAAGAUGAUGAGCCUUGGAGUGAUCUGGUCUUCAUCCUCAAAAGAGAUCAACCAUAUCCUGAGUCCAAGCAAUAUCUCCAAUGGCUGAGCAAUUAGACAUUCACUAUUACCAUAACCUGAUAAAGAUGGAACGCAAAAUUUGACCAACUGGAAGGAUGAACCAGUAAAGCUUGCGAAUGAUGCAGACUGAUUGUAUAUUUUCAGAACAGUGCAACAGUAUGACCAGUUAAGUUCAUUUCCAAUUAUUACUGUUUAUUUACUGAUUUUUCCCUCUGGGAAGACUUUGACCUGCUGGACAGAGGUUGUCCAGAUAGGAUCAGGUGGGAAUAGGUUCAACCAUAAUGUUUGGGUGUUGGGUUCAGUUAACAACAUUCACGUAUCCCCACAGGCAGGUUUCCAGGCACCAGAGGUGGAAAGGGAAGAUCCUAAAAAUCAUUUUCCUGCUGCCUUGUCAACUGCCCUCAGCCAGGCUGAAACUUUACAGUGUGUGGACAAGGCCUACGGCCCCCAUUGAGGCCCUUAGGUGGCAAUUAUUAGCCAUUUAUCUGACCUUUCUAAUAGUGUCCUGGGAAAUGCUUAUCCUUCCACAACUCACUAAAGACAAUGUUCAUCUGGUUAUUAUCACGUUGAUGUUUAUUGUACCUUGUUGUGUACAAAUUGUCUUCUACAUCUACAAUACAACAGUGGCUACACAUCAAAUGUACUUUAUUGACCAUGACACACUUUGAGACACCCUGAUCUCAUGCGAGGCAUUAUAUUUAUUUCUUUCAAACUUGAGUACCCCUGAUAUCAAGAUCUUACCCAACAAAGGAUGCCUGCUUUGAUGACAUAUUGGGAGACAUAAUGAAGGAACUGUUGCAUCACAUAGUAUGUCACUGCUUUCUUGAUAGAGAGCUGUAGAAGACUGUUGUAAAUAUAUGAGAAAGGAGCCUUUCUCUCAAGAUUAGUUUAGUACUCUAAACUAGAUUUGAUUUAUACUCUAGACUUAAUUCAUAGUUUUACAACAUAUUGCAAAAUUAAGCAUCUGCUUGGAUGGGCUGUAAUUUUAUGCUGCUGUGUUACAUUUCAUGUUGAAGGAAGAUUCAGGAAAACACAGCAAGUAGCGAGGCAAUUACACAAUUUAGUGCAAUCUUUGAUAUUUCAGUGAGCCCAGGGAUAAUUUCCAAAAGGAAAUUAAUGACUCAGGCCAGAAUUCCAAGUACGUUGCAUUUAGUUCCCAAUUAAGGUGUUUAAAAAAACAGCAAAUGCUCUCCACCAAGUUGUUUAAUAGACUUUGAAAUAUUGAGCCACGUUCGCAGCACUAGAUCUUAUGACAAUGUGACAUGCUGCGUAUAAAACAUUCAACAGCACAGCACAGGAACAGGUUCUUUGGCCCACUAUGCUUGCAAUGACCAUUUAUGUCAUUUUAAACUUAUCCCAUCUGCCUGCACACAGUCUGUAUCCCAUUAUUCUCUGCCUGUUCGCGUCUGUCUGAAUGUCUCUUAAAUGUUGCUAUUGUAUCGACAUCUAUCAUGUCCUGUGGCAGCACGUUCCAGGCACUUAUCAGCCUUUGUGUAAAAAUCUCCAUUAAACUUCCCCCCCUCUCAACUUAAACCUAUGCCCCCCAGUAUUUUAUAUUUCCAUCCUGGGAAAGGGACUCUGACUAUUUAUCCUAUCCAUGUUUCUCAUAAUUUUACAUACUUAUAUCAAGUCACCCCUCAGCCUCUGACACUCUAGCAAAUUGGAUUGAAGUUUGGCCAACUUCCCCUUCUAGGUGAUACCCUCCAAUCCGGCAGCGCCCUGGUAAACAUUCUUUUGCACCCUUUCCAAAGCCUCUACGUUCCUCCUUAGAGUGUGGCAACUAGAACUGCACACAAUAUUCUAAAUGUGCCCUAACUAAAGCUUCUACAGUUACAACAUGACUUGCUAACAUUUGUACUCAAUGCCCUGACUGGUGAAAAAGUUCUUCAGUCUUCUGUGAUCAGUACAUACUUGGGUAACUUUUCACCUUGUAAGAUUGAUGCACAUUUUUCACAUUUCAAUGUUUAGUAUCCUACAAUAGCAUGCUGAUUAGCAUGUUGGUUCAAAAUAUGUCUGUGUGCAGUUUGAAUUAUCUUCAUUGCCAUGUCAGUAUAGAGUAACUUGUUGCUGGAAAGUCUUAUGUGAAAAGACUAAACAAUACACUAACUCACAACGAUACGUCACAUUCUGCAAUGUAAUUCGCUUUCGAUUUUCCUUCUUCUUAGCCAGUCCUUUGAGGCCAAGGAUGACUACCAACAUGUGAACUACAACAAACUUUGGGUUUUCUGGCCUAAUCUACCUGUGUCUUUAUUUUAACAUCAGAAAUUAUUUUUUAUGCACUGAGCAUGCAUUAAUUUCAAAUAAUGAAUCUGUUCCUUUUGCGAGUCUCACCCUGUCUGAAAUAUUGGAAUUGGGGUGUCGGUGGUGGUGAGGAAAUAUAAAAGAUUGUGGGAUGGCAAUGACUCAGUAGCUUGUACAAUGUUUAAGAAUGGAGGACUGAGGUAGGCACAUGUUUCCAUGUGUUUUCAGGGGAAGAUCUUUCCUCCUUUGAUCAGGUAAAUUCAUGAAAUACUGCAUUCUUUCUGAUAUGUAACGGCACCAAAAUGCCCUUCUCAAAUACUUCAGUAAAAAUUUUCUGAUGUAGUUACAGCGAGUAACUGUGCUUCGAACAGAAGGUAAUAAUAUAUCUGUGGGCGUGAAUAUCUGUUGAAUUGUGGAGUCAAAAUAAUGUGCUUUGGCUCUGUAACUGACAGCAAUAUCUGCAUUUAAUUGUAGCUUCUGGAAUUCCCAAUUCUAAAUGCCCAUUAUUAGUCACAGUAACUUGAGUUGUCCAGACUUUAAUCUCUGAAAUUCCCUCUUUAAACCUCUCUGCCUCUGUACUGGGUUCUCCUUUAAGGCAUUCCUUGAAACCAAUUUUUUUCAGCAAGAAUUUAGUCAUGUGUUCUGAAAUGUCCUGACACUGUUUGGUAUCAUGUUUUGUUUGAUAACACUCCCUCAAAGCACCUUAAGAUGUUUCACUAGAUGCUAUAUAACUGCAAGUUGUUUUGUAUUUACAUGUCAAUUGUAAUAUGUAAACGGUUUGACUUCACAUUUACACCACGGUUAAAGUGUAAAUUGCAUCUGAAUCCAGAGUACAUUUUGAUUCAAACUCAGUUCAGACCUUCACACAGUUUUAAAUAUAGGCAAAACAAAACUGCUUCACACUGACCCUAAACUUGUGCUUGAAUGAACUCUAAGGUUUGUAUCAAUAACACAUACACACACAAAAUAACCAGUCCACAGAAGGUCAGAGGAAAUACCUGCAUGAAAAAUAAUUCAAAGCAGCAGAAUUUAGAGCAAAAUUUUGCACAGGGCGUUAUCGCACUUGUUAAAAAAAAAGAUUUCGUUCAGGUCGUAGAAUCCUUGAGAUGAACUGUGAUGUGAUUGAAACUCUCACAGCAAAGCAGGAGCCUCUCUUAAAACCUUCAGAAGUGUACGAUUCAUAAGCAAUUGGAGACAAGUUGCUUAUGAUAAAGUUGACCAUCCUUGUAUAAUAAUAAGUGCUGAUUUUCUGUAUAGUUCUGAUAUAACUUGUUUACACAAGGUAUGGUCAUACUGUAAUUGUUACAGUUCAGUCUGAAAUGAUUGUAACCGAAAUGUAAAGAAGUUGAAAUAAAUUCCAGUCAUAACAGAUCACAUGUACAAACGAACACACUCACUGUACAAUUCUCUGUGUGCUAUUUUUAAGCAGUUGUUAAGCCAUUUAAUAGAAAGAGUGAACAUUUUUAAAAAUUCCAGCCUGGGAUGUGAACAUCACUGGCAAGGCUGUUGUUUAUUCCCUUGGCCUAGUUAUCCUUUUAAGUUUGGUGGUAAGUUGUUUUCGUCACCACUGGAAUCCAUAUGGUGAAGGCUCUCCUGCAAUGCUGUUUGUGUUGGUGUUACCAGAUUCUGACCCAGUGGAAAUGAAAUAGUACUGUUCAUCACCUCAUAAUGUGAGCAAGCAUAUAUUACUGAUGAAUUACCCUUUCAAACACAGCAGCCAAUGUGUGCGCGAGGUCCUACAAACAACAAUUGAACCAAUAACCAGAAUUCUGUUGUUUGAGAGUGUUCAUCUAGGGAGGUAAUUUGCCCUUUGACUUGUGCUGUUUCUGUUCAGAUAUGCUUUUUUCUUUAAAUGUUAAAAAUUUAGACAGGACUUCAAUUUAAUAUCAUCAGUUGAUUCGAUUAAUAUCUUCUCCUUGUACAGUAGUGCAGCAUUAUCUCAAUAUUAUACUACAGUGACUGAAGUCCUAAAAUGGAGUUUAAUUUCUGAUGCUUUGACACACUGUCAGAGUGCUGGCCAAACAUGGGUCACCUGAUCUAAUGCUUGUUACCAACUCUAUAACUUAAGUGCUGCUAGUAAAAUAAAAAUAUUGCACACAGGAAUCCAUACAAGUGUGCUGAUUGUUUUGGACCAUAGAGAUUACAUCUUGGAAUUGUUACCCUAGUAUGUCAUGCUGUAUCAUUACUUUCUAUUCACAUAACGUUGAUAAAAAAAAUUGUUAGUUUGUGAUAACUAGUUAUUCCAUAACUGUUAACUUACAUUGACAUUUUAUUCUGACAAUUUGUUUUCCCAUAUGUUCUCUAAUUGAUUUGUCAAAUGGCAAUCAGUGCAACAAAUAAUUCAAUACAAUUCAGAAAUGCUCAAAAAUUAAGGUUUCAUAAUUUCUAGACCUUCUUUGGCAAAUGAUCCAAUCCUUUAUUAGUGCCUAAAUCUACAUGCGGUUGAAAGCAUUUUUUGUAGAUAUCAGCAUAAAAUGUCACUAUGUAAUAAAUAUUAUUCCAAGUAUCAAAUUGCUGAAGAGUUGCAGUAUUGAGUCUGUAUUAUUUCCUCAUUUCUAUGUGUCUGCUGCAAUGUGCCUUCUGUUCUCCACACAAAGUCCAUACUCAACAUAAAUGCCUACUGAGUUUGAUCAGGAUGUUAUAGUGAAAGAAGUCCACCCUAUUGUCAGAAAACUAAAAUCUUGCAGAUGUUUCUGUCAUGCUUAUUGACAAAAAUACCUUGGUGCAAAAUUAAAUUUUAAUUUAACCUUGCUGCAAUCACAACUUGGCCCCAGUGAAAGGGUGCAGUUCACAGUACUGGGCACAGAGACAUAGAAAUCUAGCAAAAGAUAGAGCUUCUGUGCAGAAAAUGACUGAAGUAUAAAACUGUGUCCGAACUGUGUCCUUGAAUAGUAUGAGAUGGCAUAGGAUCCUUGCUAACAUUUAUUGAUGGGUUUAAAAAAAAGAAAUGACUGCACAAACAAACACUUUCUAAAUUGUGAACUCUAGGAUCUAUAUGAGGGAUGAUCGUCUACCAUAAUG